CCGCCACUACGAGAGGCUGGUCCUCCCAUACGUUCGGCACCUGAAGGGGGAGGAUGACAAGCCGCUGCCCCCCUCCAAGCCCAGGAAACAAUACAAGAUGGCCAAGGAGCCCCGUGGGGACGAUGGGGCCACGGAGAAGCUGAAGAAGGCCAAGGAGGAGAGGCGUGUGGAGCCGAUAAUGCCAGGGAAGACCAGAGCAGAUGCCACCGACCAGGCACAGCUCCCCAGCCGGGAGCCCCCCAGGGGCAGCAUGGAGCAGCUCAGCCCGUCUCCUGGGCCCUCUCUGCCCUUCGUGGGUGCCAGCGGCUGCCCUGAGGCCUACAAGCGGCUCCUGUCCAGCUUCUACUGCAAAGCCACACACGGCAUCAUGUCACCCCUGGCCAAGAAGAAGCUCCUGGCCCAGGUGAGCAAGGCAGAGGCCUUGCAGUGCCAGGAGGAGGGCUGUCGUCAUGGAGUGGGCAGCCCCGAUGGGGAUCCCGCGGCAGCCCCAGCUGUUCACCCCCCAGAAGGCCCCCGGAGCCCUGAAGGGCUGGCUGAGAACUCCAGGCACCGGCUGACCCCACAGGAGGGAGUUCAGACCCCGGGGGGUGGCCUCAGGGAGGAGGCCCAGGCAGGCCCCUGCCCCACAGGCCCCAUUUUCACGGGCUGUUUCCACACCUACCCUGCUGAGGUGCUGAAGCCAAUCAGCCAGCACCCUCGGGACUUCUUCUCCAGCCUUAAAGAUGGGGUGUUCCUGGGGCCUCCUGGCAAAGAGGGGCUGUCAGUGAAAGAGCCCCCACUGCUGUGGGGCGGAGACGCCGGCCACCCUUCUGCAUUCCACAAAGGCAGCUCCAGAAAGGGCAGCCUCUACCCCAAGCCCAAAGCCUGCUGGGUGUCCCCCAUGGCCAAGGCCCCCUCUGCUGACAGCCCCGGGCCACUGCCCGCCUUCCCCAGCAGCCCCAGUCUCGGCCACAAGCGCAGCCUGGAGGAGGAGGCCUUUGUUCACAGUGGCAAAAAACUGCGGGCCGUGUCUCCCUUCCUCAAGGAGGUGGACACCAAGGAGAGUGGGGCCAAAGCUGCAGGCCCCGGCUUGGCCGUCUCCUGCCUGCUGGGCCCAGCCCUGGGACCUGCCCCCCCGGAGGCCUAUAGGGGCACCAUGCUGCGCUGCCCUCUGAACUUCGCCAGCACCUCGGACCCCUUAAAGGGCCAGGCCAUGCUACCUUUCAGCCCCCUGGUCAUCCCAGCCUUCCCAGCCCACUUCCUGGCCACCACAGGCCCCUCGCCUGUGGCCGCUGGCCUGAUGCACUUGCCCCCUGCGACCUUCGACAGUGCCCUCCGUCACAGACUCGGCCCGGCUUCGUCUGCCUGGCACGCACCACCGGUCACAACGUAUGCAGCGCCCCACUUCUUCCACCUCAACACCAAGCUGUAGGUCGGCCUGCUUGCUGUGCUGUGGAGGUUCUGGCCUGGCCCGAGAUGGGGAGGUGCUGCCCGGAGGCCCUGGGCUGGAGCCAGCACCCGGGACAGCAGCCACACCCGGGCCGGGCAGCCUGGCAUAGUCAGAGGGAAGCAGUGGGAACUGGGUCUGUCUCGGGCAGCCUAGACCGAGACUGGGGACCCAGUGCAAGCCCUCGGGAGAGGACAAUGCAGGGUUGGUCCAGCUGGAGACUCUGGAGCAGAGGCCAGGAGUCGAUGAGGGACUGAGGAGGCGAUGGCAGCUUGGGAAUCCGGGAUCCCCACAGGAAAUCCAAUAAAAGACACCAGUGAGUCCACAAA